AUGAAAGACACAAAGAACAUUAACAAGAACUUCAAAUGUUAUUUUCAACGAAAGAAAAUGAUGAUCGAAUCAGUAGCUGCAAUUUUCUGGACUCGACGUCUAAAACGAUGUCUAAAUAAAGGAGGAGGAAGGUUUUUAUUAAGAUCCGAAUUUCAAAAUUAUUCAACGCUGAUCAGAGAGAAAAUCCCUCAAAACGAAAAAAUUGAAAGUCGAAUAUUUUCUCUGAAAGAAUCUAAAGAUCUAAUAUCGAUAUAUUCGUUAAGUUUACUAGAGCUGUAUAUUUUUCGAAUAAUGGUGCUUGAAUUUUUUGGAAAAUCACACGAGGCAAUCGUUACUUUUAUUGACUGUUUGGAAAAAAAAAUCAGGUUUUCCAUUAGGUUUCAUUACAUUAUUCGAGAUAAAAUUCUCCGCAACGAUGGAUAUUUGAUGCUAUAUUUCUACAAUGAAGUUCUCAAAAAGAACAUCAAGAUAGGGGAUUCGCAAGAAGCUGUCUCUGCCAAAAUAGACAAUGCACUAAAAAAACAUACAGUUGAAAAUAUAUAUGGAUAUUAUCAAAGGCUGAAAAAAACGACCACAUUACAUCAACAAGUCUAUGAUGAAAUACUCGACCGAUUUGCAGCAUAUCCAGAAUACGAAAAGAUUGCGCUUGAAUGUUAUGAAGAAAUGAAAGUUCUCAAUUACUUUCCAUGCACGUAUACGUGUAAUCGACUGUUGCGAAGAUUAUCCGAGACGAUUGGCUACGGAUUUGAUAAAGAGGUUCCAGUUAUUUACGUGGAUAUGAUGGAAUAUGGUAGGAAGCCUAACCUAGCCACUUUUAAUAUUCUGAUGGGAUUUUAUGCUCGUCGUAGAAAUUAUAAUAAUUUUUGGCGAAUUUAUCAAUUAUUAAGAGAAGCAAAUCUAGAGGCAAACAAGAUUACGUAUCAGAUUAUACUAAAGAUCUUGGAACAACCGUUACCACACUCCCAACUUAUCGCCAAUACAAUAGAACAUUUGGAAAAGCUUAAAAUCAAACCUGAUGAGCGAACACUUAAUGCCCUAUUGGCCGGUUUCGGAAAUAUAGGCGAUGUUAUAGGAGCAGGGAAAGUGUUGGACAUGUACAAAAUACACUCGAUAGUACCGUCGAUCAAUACAUAUAAUAUAUUACUAAAAAAUUUACUUACAUUCGGAUUAACACGAAUGGCCGUUAAAAUUUACGAGCAAAUGUUGAAAAAUGGACCACCGCCAGAUCUCAUCACAUAUAAUCUUGUUCUGAAUAUCUACACGAGAGAAAAACACCUCAGAUACAUGAAAUAUGUAAACAUGGCAGAAGACGUAUUGAACACAAUGCUGGCCAACAAAGUCUACCCUGAUAUUUUCACGUGCAACAUGUUACUCAUUGCUAAUUCGCGCAGAUCUCGUGUUGAUGGUAUCAAAAAAAUCCUUGAAAUCAUGUUAGAACAACAAUUAUAUCCGAAUGUACACACUUUAUCCAUUUUCAUACAUAUAUUUGUCAAGGCUGGAAAAGUUAAGACUGCGCGACAGCUCUAUACUAAGUUGAUUGAGAAUGCUCGAUUCAAGCAUGAGAAAAAAGCACACGCUAUCAUGUCUACAAACUUGAUUCACGGCUAUUUGCAUUAUUAUCAAGAUUUUGUCACUGCCGAAAGUCUAUUUCAAGAUAUGAUUGAAAAUAGAAUCAUUCCUACCAUCAUCACCUUUAAUACCUUGAUAUAUGCAUACACUCAUCGCUCAACGCUUAACAUAAAAAAAGCGAUCAAAUUAUUCACUGAAAUGGAAACAAAAUAUAAAGUAGCACCGGACGCUGCUACUUUUCAUCAUAUGAUUACUGGAUAUAUGGCAAUAGGAGAAGUGGACAAAGCUUUAGAAGUAUAUUACGAAAUGUAUAGACGUGGAAUUAAACCAAGUGACACAGUUCUGUCACGAAUCCACUUCGAAAUCAAUUAUAUCUUAAUGGGAGGAGAUAAAGCUAAAGAAGAAAAAAAGUCAAAGGAUUCUAUUAACAUAGAGACAAUAGAGACAAAGGAUUAUACUUAUAUAGAGGAAAAAGAGACAAACAUCUCUAUUAUUAUUAAAAAAUAG